GUUAACAGCAUAUUGGUAACUUAACCGCAUGCUGAUGCAAGAAAUCAUCCCAGAAGAAAAUGUGGCAAGGAAAGUAUCAUUCAGCACAAAAGCCAUGGCCGUCUUCAUCGCACUACUGCUCCUCUUCCUCAACGGAGCGGAUGGAGCUUAUAUUGUCGGGGGCAGAGAAGCGGCCCCUCACUCACACCCCUACAUGGCCUCAUUGCAGUUUGCAGGUCGUCACAUCUGUGGAGGGGCCCUGAUCAGGGAGGACUUUGUGCUCACGGCGGCUCACUGUCGCAUCAGACCACGUUUCACAGUCGUGGUUGGAGUUGACUCCCUGAGAGCAGAUGAGCCAACAAGGCAGGAGCGGACCGCAGUCAGAGCUAUUCAACACCCAGACUAUGAUGGACAGCAAAACGACAUCAUGCUUCUAAAGCUCAACAGAAGGGUGCAACUUAACAACGCAGUACAGCUGAUCACACUCAGAACAGGUCCUGUUCGACCCUUGAGUCGCUGCCUGACUGCAGGUUGGGGGGACAUCGGAGACAACAACACCUUACCUGACACGCUUCAAGAGGUCAACGUGACGAUCCUCUCACAGCGGACGUGUCGCCAAAGAUGGCUAGGUGUUCGCAUCACUCAGGGGAUGAUUUGUGGCACCGGAGAGCAGAAUAUCCAAGGAUUUUGCUCGGGUGAUUCUGGUGGCCCGUUGAUUUGCAAUGGGGCAUCGGCAGGCGUGGUCUCCUUCUCUGGACGAAUAUGUGGAAAUCAGAGGACACCUGAUGUCUACACACGAAUCUCAUCCUUCACAGACUGGAUAACAAGGGUCUUGGACAACAAUUAGAUGAAUAACAGAGAAAGCUUUGAUUAGCUUUGGCCUUAUAGAAGAGAGGUCUUAUACCCACCUUGCAUCACCAUGUACAGAUGCGCUUUUACGAAUAAUAAAAAUUCUAGAAUCAUAUCCUGUGUAUCUCGGACGUUCAGUUUAUCGUGUCAUAAAAUUACAUAACCAAUGUAGAUAAAGUACUAUUACAAUAUAAAUGUCACAGCUAUUCAACUCUAUUUCUCCUUUAUCAGCAGAUACAGAAAGAAAGCUGAACUGGCCUGACGCUGAGAACCCCAUUUAUAUAGAUAUUUAGAGACGGUCUGUGUUCUCUAGUGUUUUCACCAUGUCAAAACAAGAUCAUUAACCACACUGCUCUAACUAGGGGGGUUUAUUUGAUUUAAUAAAAUAAUGAUCAUAAAAAUAAUAAUGACGAUAAGUAUCUAUUUAUUUAUUGUUUUACUCAGAAGUUUUGCAAUACAGAUAAAAUUUAAUUCAUAUUUAUGUGCGUGUUCCAAAAGUCUUUUUGGAAGGACAAAUAUUGAGUGAGAGUCAAGAUGUUAGUUAUAUUUUGUUUGUUUUGUACUAGUGAUUUCAAUACUUCCAAUUAUUAUCUACAAUUUAUCUACAAUCAAUUUUUCAUGUGAUUUUUCAUUGGCUGUAAUGUCCCUAUGGGAAUAACUUUAAUGACUAUACUAAUAUAAUAAGAUUUAUAAAGUGGAAGAUGUGUAGAUCUGCGGACAUCAUCCCAACAAUAUGUUAUAUUCAUCAAGGAGGUUUUUUAGAUAGAUCAAGCCACUUCUUUCCAUGUGUUCCUCAACAAACAUUUACCUCCAACUGAUAUAGUGACAUAAUUCCUUUUCCAAGAUGUCAAUAGCUUGCUAGUGAUAUUUGGGAGAUUUACAGAUGAUUUAGAGUACACUAACUACAUUUGAUUCAGAACUCUCACCCACCUAUCAAUUUAAAUAUAUUUUACUUAUGACAUGAUAAUACAUAAUUAAAUUCCAUCAUGAGUUAGAAAGUGAAUUUUAAAAGCGCAAUUUAAUAAAUGAAGUGUAGAACUUCCAAUUGUCGUCUUUCCAAAAACUGUUUUCUUAGCAUAUUUUCCAAAAUAAAUUUUCAAAAUAUAUCAUUUACUUACAUUUUUCACAGCAUUAUACUAUUACUUGUGAAGUCGUCUUCCAAACCCCAAAUUUUAAUGAAAAUCUGAGGUAUUGAAGGAACAUCAAGGUGUAUUACUCAUACAUUUGAGUCAAUGUAGUCAAUUUGCGAGUACAUGAAGACUUUCCAAAAAAACAUUACUCAUUUGCUCUCACCAGUG